GACAUCACGUGAAUCCACUCUUAACGGUGUAGGGACCGCUGUGAACAAAUAAGUCAAGACUGUAUAGUAAGUUGCCGAAAUUAAAACAAGAUUAAGUUUCAAUUAGUAUGUAAGUACGUUUAAAGAGGUCUAAACAUGAAGGUUAAACAGCAUGUAUGACCAUGUGUGUACCAGUUGUGUACACUUGCUGUUGCUAACUAACGCUAAUUUAACUUGUAGUAAAGUGUCGUACUUUCAUUACUUUUUCUUAUCUAAUUUAACUUACAUCGAGUGACAGUGGUGCAGGAAUAACCUGCUGAAUAUAUGUUUUGCAGUAAGCCACAUUUAUAGGGAAGGAGUCACUGUUACCAUGCUCCAGAGGCUCGCAGCUGCGUCUCUACGACGGCCUGCUGCUACCUUCGCUGCGGCGGUACGAUGCGUGUCCUCCGGCUCAGUGGACAUCACAGCCCCGCUGAACUUCUGGGCUGGGGAGAGGAGGACGAGCCGAGAGAAAUGCAACACAGAACAUGUUUACGAGCCUGCUACAGGGCGAGUCUUGUGCCAUUUGGAGCCGUGUGGUGCUGUGGAGGUUGAUCAGGCUGUGAAGGCUGCCAAGUCAGCUUUUGGCCUCUGGAGCAAGCUGUCUGGGAUGGAGAGGGCAAGGAUUAUGAUAGAAGCUGCACAUAUCAUUGAGGCCAGGAGAGAAGCGAUAGCUGAAAUGGAGGUGGUCAACAAUGGAAAGUCCAUCACAGAGGCUCGUUUGGAUGUGGACUCUGCCAGACUGUGUAUAGAGUACUAUGCAGGGCUGGCCAGCACUCUGGCAGGCCAGCAUGUCCAGCUGCCUGGUGGAUCCUUCGCAUACACCCGCAGGGAGCCUCUGGGAGUCUGCGUCGGCAUUGGUGCCUGGAAUUAUCCUUUUCAAAUAGCAGCCUGGAAAUCAGCUCCAGCACUGGCCUGUGGUAACUCCAUGGUAUUCAAGCCGUCACCUGUGACUCCUGUGACAGCCGUCUUGUUGGCAGAAGUGUACGCUGCUGCUGGAGCUCCUGAGGGUCUGUUCAAUGUGGUGCAGGGCGGCCAGGAGACAGGCAGCUUACUCUGCUACCACCCUGACGUCGCUAAGGUGUCAUUCACUGGAAGUGUGCCCACCGGCAAAAAGAUUAUGGAGAUGGCAUCAAAGGGGGUGAAAUCUGUGACGCUGGAGCUCGGGGGGAAAUCUCCUCUGCUCAUCUUUGAGGACAGUGACCUGGAAAACGCUGUGAGCGGAGCUCUCAUGGCCAACUUUCUGUCACAAGGCCAGGUAUGCAGCAACGGUACAAGAGUCUUUGUUCACAAGGAUAUUCUGCCUCAAUUUGUGGAGGAUGUGGUGAAGAGGACCCGUGCCAUCGAGAUAGGUGACCCCCUGCUGGAGAGCACCCGAAUGGGAGCGCUGGUCAGUCGGCCUCACCUGGAAAACGUCCUGUCCUUUGUUGAUCAGGCAAAGAAAGAGGGGGCUUCAGUGUUGUGUGGGGGUGAACCUUACGUCCCAUCAGAUCCCAAACUCAAAGAUGGAUACUACAUGACUCCCUGUGUGCUGGGUCACUGUACAGAUGACAUGACCUGUGUGAAGGAGGAGAUCUUUGGCCCUGUCAUGUCCGUGUUGUCCUUUGAGACAGAACAGGAGGUGCUGCAGAGAGCCAAUGACACCACCUUGGGUCUGGCUGCAGGAGUUUUCACCAGGGAUGUGAAGCGAGCCCAUCGUGUUGUCGAACAUCUCCAGGCUGGUUCCUGUUUCAUCAACAACUACAACAUCACUCCUGUGGAGGUGCCCUUUGGAGGCUUCAAAAUGUCAGGUGUAGGACGGGAGAACGGCCAGGUGACAAUUGAGCACUACUCCCAGUUGAAGACUGUGUUUGUGGAGAUGGGUGAUGUGGACAGCUUAUUUUAAUACACACAUGGGAAAAGGAAAAAGGAGCUUUAUCACGGACCCAGAGACUGAAACAAGCUGGUCUGGAGAAACGAUCUGAACUACACUUACAUCACUCAGGGAAAAAACUUCAUUCACAGUGAUGAGAAACGAGCCUUGAUCAGAGGAGCUGAUGUGAUGAUUGUUUUUCAGUAUUUUUUGAAAAUGGCAGUAAAUUUAACCCGAUGAUCAGAGGGCGGUUCCCACUGAAACAUGGGGUAGUGGACAUUUUACUGUCAUCAUGGCAAAUAGAUUAAAUCAAAGAUUGUUCUUAGUAUUUACUGAACCCUCGAUCAGUUUCAUCUACUUACGCAUAGAGACCAGUCACAUAUUAUAAUUUCUACUUUUCAUUUAUGUUUAUUGUUUGACAUGUCAUACAUGUACAGAGUCAAGUUUUUUGUUGAGUUGUACUACAAACAAAUGUUUACAAAUCAAGCUUUACAUCCUUAACAAAACAAAUCAAUGUAUUCACAAAAUACUAAAACAAUGAAGCACUUUGAACAUUAAAUAUAUUUUAAUUCUUA